AUGCUGCGGAGAUGCCAACUGUCACGCUGUCUCGUGCAGUACGCCGCCCUCUCGGCAACCGCGGGGAAGCUCAAUACACUGCUGGAAAUACCCACAAAAGGGCAACGGACGCCGCGUGAGGUACUCAAGCAGUUCAUCCGCGCCGAAGUCAUGCCGCUGCUGCGCGGCACCACUUUGGACCGGCGCCACGACAGUGCCGAGGUGCGCCGCUCCUUGAGUCAACUCUUGCGCGACGCUUCCUUCGCCGCCGUCGUGCUACACGCGAGCCCCAGCGGGGCGUACGUCAGCACCCUCGUCGAGUGCAUCAAACACGACCACACGCGCAUGCAGUUUAUCCACAAGAUGACAUCCAAUCAGGCAAGUCGCGUGAUUCAGCAUCUGUGCCGCCUCGGCGUCCGGGACGGUGGCGUCUACGCUCCGCUUGUCGCUCGUUUAGACUUCAAUGUGUUAAAGGAGGUGGCACGCGCGAUGUUUGCCUUGAAUGAUGAGGGGCUGUACCAGGAGACGGUAUCGCUCAUCGUCCCGCUGUACUGCGGCGAGACGUGGGUGCCCGUGUUUGAGGGUGGUGAGGGCUACACAAAGCUGCACAACAAAAGCUGCAAUGUGUUCGAUGCAGUGCGUCUCUUGAGCGUAUUGUCCAAAUCCGUGCGCGGGGUGGUGGAGCAGCGGCGCCGCGACGAGGCGGGGAGUGCAGCGGCGCACCCGCUGCCAGUGGAAAGCAUCCAGCGGCUGCGCACAAAUCUAACUGUAUUCAUCGUGCAGAACGAGAGUCUCCUCCGCGGGGGACACUGGAUCAACUUCACCCGCGCUAUGGUGCACUUCCCACAUGAGUUAAAGACGAUGAAAUACCUGGAGCAGCACCUCGUGGUGGUGCAGGCAGUGGAUGCACUGCAGCUGCCGCAUCGUGUGGCCCGGCGCCGCCUGUCGGAUGUGCUCGAAACAGACGACUUAGCGGCUUUCGGCAUGGACCGCGUCUUUCUUCCGGUCGAGCGGCAGCAAUGUGAGACCUCGUGGGGCGGUAAGGGCCAGAAGAACAGAUUUGACGUGCCAUCGAUUGAUCUGGCAAAGCUUCUAUCCAUUAUUGAGCAAGUUCCGCUGCCCAAGGCUGUCCAGCAGCGGCGCCUUGAGAUUGUGAUUCGGGCCAUUGUAGACGACAUGGAUUCGCUCUCAUUUGCCGAUUUAGUGCGGUUCCUUCAUGCCCUCCGCCAGAUUGAGGGCUCCGCCCCUUUUGCGUCGACGCUCGACGCCGCGACCGCAGCAAUUAGUCGGACACUGGCGGAGGAGGCCGGCGCCACGCACACGCGCAUCCCCUAUGUGCGUCUUGUGCAACUAGCAACACUUAUCAACGCGUUUCGUGUAAAAAGCUGCAGGGGCUUCGUCACGUACCUCGAUCAUUUUUUGCCAACCAUGCGUUUCAUGUCAGUGGAGGACGCGACGUCCUUUAUGAACGCGUUAGCUGCAAUUGGUGAGGUGGAUGGGGUGGAGCUGUGUGCGCAUGUCGGCGCACAGAUCCUUGACAAGGUGAGUCUCGAUGGCGACGGGGACUCCACGGCCCUGCUUCUGUCGUACCCUUUGUCGUGUACAAAACUUCUGCGGGGCGCCGUGCUGCUGGGCACGGCGCCCUCGUCUGAUGCUGUUGUACGCAUUUUCGGCGGUUCGGGAAAGGCGCUGAAGGUGUCCUCUGCUCUUCGAGCUGCUGGGGCCUCAGUGCUCUUCGACGUUGCACGCUCGCUCUACCACUUCUGCCGUAUGAAGAAGCCGCUGGAUGCGGUGUGGGAGGAGAUGCUGUGGUCGCACGGCGUUGUGGGCGCUCUGUUGCCGCUCCUGGCCCAGCUGACGUGCGAGUUCCGUGAUGAGCUCGUGGCUGCGGGUGGCGUGUCGUCGAGGCGAGCCACGUAUGUACCGCUGGCAUGGCGCAGCACGAUGGAGGCAGUUUUUCCGUAUGUUGACGUGAAUUUGGAUGUUGUGUCCUUGCCGACGAUGCAGCAGCGUAUCGGAGAAAUCUUCCCAUUCUGCCGUGAGAUCUUGACGAUGGCGAUAGGCAUUGCGGCGAUGCAGCGCCAGGCCCUGCAGCAAGGUCGCCAGGUGGAGCCGCUCGCCUUCUCGUCGAACGGCAUCGUCCAUCUCAUGUCGUUUGUGCUGAUGUUUGAGCACCUGCUGUACCAUGGCACCUGGCAAGCGGAGAUUGGCGGUGGUGCAGCGGCAGGGGCGGGUGCGAGGGAGAAGAUGCGGGCAUUGAAGGAAGACUACAACUCGCUUCUCACAGCUCCUGUGGGUGUGGAGGACGACGGAAAAGGAGUUACGGCCAUAACGCUCAUGAAUGGCCUGUUCCCAUCCAAGGGUGAGCAAGGUGCGCCGCGCCGCAUCUUUGAUCGUGGCAGUAUUCUUGAGAUCACCACGAACCUCCCCUUUGCCGUGUCGCUGGCGGUGAGUCAGGGGCCUAUCAAUGAGUUGUUCUGCGAGCGGGCGGUGGCGGCCAUGGUUGGCGGCGAUGGUUGA